CUCAAGCAUCGCGAGAGGUUACGAGAGUUCCGGUGUUGUGAUGAUGAACGUCCCUGCCAACAUGGCGGUCAGCAUCCGCGGCCGUCCGACCCGGAGUGUACGGAUGAGAGGUCGGAAUGACAGCGGGGAGGAGAAUGUACCGCUGGACCUUACGCGGGAACCCUCAGAUAACAUGCGUGAGAUCCUUCAGAACGUUGCCAGAUCUCACGGCGUUUCCAACAUGAGGAAGCUUGGCCACCUGAACAACUUUGUUAAGCUCCUGAACAGUGUAAGUCACUGUGAAGAGAAAUUAGGAUUUACAUACGAGGAAAUCAUCAUUUGUCUGCGGGUAGCGUUGCUGAAUGAGGUGAAGGAGGUUCGGGCUGCAGGUUUGAGAGCACUAAGGUAUCUGAUCCAUGAUAGUAGCGUCCUCCAGAAAGUUCUUCAGCUGCAGGUGGAUUACCUGAUCUCCAGGUGUAUUGACAUUCAGCAAAGUAAUGAGGUGGAGAGAACUCAAGCCCUCAGACUGGUCAGAAAGAUGAUAACAGUGAACGCACAGCUCUUCCCCAGCUCUUUGACAAACUCUCUGAUUGCGGUGGGGAGCGAUGGGCUGCAGGAGAGAGAUCGCAUGGUUCGAGCCUGCAUCGCCAUCAUUUGUGAACUUGCACUGAAGAACCCAGAGAUUGUGGCCCAGCGGGGGGGUUUGAACACCAUCCUAAAGAACGUCAUCGACUGCCAGCUGAGCCGCAUCAACGAGGCCCUGAUCACCACCAUACUGCACCUGCUCAAUCACCCGCACACACGCCAGUACAUACACGCCGAUGUUGAACUGGAGCAAAUUCUUGCACCUUACACAGACUUUCACUACAGACAUAACCCUGACACAGCAGAGGCACAAAUCAAGGAAGACAGAGAAGCUCGUUUUUUAUCCAGUAAAAUGGCUAUUGUUGCAGCCUUCCGCUCAUGGUCAGGUAUUAUAAACCUGUGUAAAUCAGGAAACUCAGGGGUCCAGUCUUUGAUAGGCCUGCUCUGCAUACCAAACAUGGAAGUCAGGAAAGCAUUAUUAGAAGUCAUGUACGAGAUCUUCAGAUUGCCUGUUCCUAUAGUGACAGCAGAUUUUGAGGAAGCGCUGCACAGCGUGGACCCCAGCAAGUUUCAGGACAGCUGGAGACUCUCUGAUGGGUUUGUAGCUGCAGAAGCCAAAGUCAUAUUGCCUCACAGAGCUCGAUCCAGACCAGACCUUAUGGACAACUACCUGGCACUACUGCUGUCUGCCUUUAUCAACAGUGGACUACUGGAGGGUCUGGUGGAGGUGGUGACCAGCAGUGAUGGACAGAUAUCAGUGAGAGCCACCAUACUGCUCGGAGAACUUCUGCACAUGGCCAAUACGAUUCUUCCUCACUCUCACAGUCAUCAUCUGCACUGUCUGCCCACGCUAAUCAACAUGGCUGCUUCCUUUGACAUCUCUCAGGAGAAACGGCUACGUGCCAGUGCAGCUGUGAACCACCUGAAGCGUUUCCACGAAAAGAAACGUCAUGGCCCCAAACCUUACAGUCUUUACCUGGAUCACAUCCUGCGCAGGACGUCCAACUCCUCUCACAAGAGAGAGCAGCACCAGCGUGCACAGAAGGACAUCUUUAUUAUGAAGGACACUGAAGAGGCACUGAUGAUGAUCUUGAGGGACAGUCAGAUCCUCAGUCACAAACAGAACCUGGACUGGAACUGGGUUCUGAUCAUCACUAUACUGAAGUGGCCAAAUGUGAACCUCAGAAACAACAAGGACGAGCAGAUGCACAAGUUUGUAAGGAGGUUGCUGUAUUUCUAUAAGCCCAGCAGUAAGCUAUACUCGGCUCUGGAGCUGGAUCACGCCAAAGCCAGACAACUGACGGUAGCGGGCUGCCAGUUCAACCAGUUCCUCUUGGAUUCAGAAGAGGACGGUCAGGUGUAUCUGGAGGAGCUUGUGAAGGAUAUCGUCCAGUGGCUCACAUCCUCUUCUGGGCUUAAAUCUGAACGCAGUCUCCAUAGCAACGGCCUCCUCAGCACCCUCAGUCAGCACUACUUCCUGUUUCUGGGUACUCUGUCUGCACAGCCGGCCGGAGUCAAAAUGCUGGAGAAAUGUGGCGUAUUUCAGUGUGAGUUGAGCUUGUGCUCGAUGAAAAACCAGGAUCACCUGCUGAAACUAACGGUCUCCACUCUGGACUACAGCAGAGACGGACUCGCGCGAGUCAUCCUGUCCAAGAUCCUUACGGCCGCCACUGACAACUGCCGUAUGUACGCCACCAAACACCUGCGUGUGCUGCUGCGCGCUAACGUUGAGUUCUUCAGUAACUGGGGGAUGGAGUUGCUAGUCACACAGCUGCAUGACCACAACAAAACCGUCUCCAUGGAGGCGCUGGACAUCCUGGACGAAGCCUGUGAAGAGAAGGCCAGCCUGCACGCUCUGAUCCACAUGAAACCAGCUCUGUCUCACCUGGGAGAGAAAGGCCUCCUGCUGCUGUUGAGGUUCCUGUCCAUCCCAAAGGGCUUCUCUUACCUCAAUGAAAGAGGCUACAUCAACAAACAGCUCGAUAAAUGGCAGAAGGAGUAUAAUCUGAAGUAUGUGGACAUGAUUGAGGAGCAGUUGAAUGAAGCUCUCACAACAUACCGCAAACCUGUUGACGGAGACAACUACGUCCGCCGCAGCAACCAAAGGUUACAGAGGCCAAAUGUGUUUCUCCCUGUGCAUUUAUAUGGGCAGUUGGUCCAUGAUAAAACCGGCUGCCUGCUGCUGGAAGCUCAGGGUGUUAUCCCGGAUCUCAGCUUCACAGUUCGAUCUCCAGUGCUGGAUAAAUGGGAAGGCAUUAAACAGCUGAAGGCGGCGCUAUGGGCUCUGGGCAACAUUGGCAGCUCAAACUGGGGUCUGAACCUCCUACAGGAGGAGAACGUGAUUCCAGAUAUUAUUGCUCUGGCUCAGCACUGUGAGGUUCUGUCCAUACGUGGUACGUGUGUGUAUGUGCUGGGCGUGAUCAGCCGCACACGGCAGGGCAGUGAUGUGCUGAAGGCUUUGGGAUGGGACUCGGUUCGGCACAGUCGCAGGCAGCAGUGGCCUGUCGUCCCUGAUGAAGUGGAUGCUCCGCUACCCAGCGAACUGUCGUCAGUGCCCAGCACACUCAGCCUCAACUCUGAGUCCACCAGCUCACGCCACAACAGCGAGAGCGAAGGUCAGCCCAGUUUGUAUUUUGUGGAUGACGAUCGCGAGGGUUUGGACAUGAACGAGGACUCUUCUCUCAGUAUACACACAAAAACCUCAAAGGACAGAAGCCCCUUCACCAUCCUGACCCCUUCACAUCUCCGAAACCGCUUUCUGAACUCCCUGUCUCUGCCCAUUAAGAAGGGGCGGAGCCCCAGUGACACUAAAGGCAUGACAAACGCAGGAAAAUCUCCCGAGGAGCUGCGGCUCAUGCGGCGCAACCUGACCGCAAUGGAGCUCUCGAACUAUUCUCCAUGCCACUCGGGGCAGAGCGAGGUCUUUUAUAACGGCAGUCGCAUGCUCCGCAGCCCAACGGUCAGCCUUGAGACUUCGUUUGUGGGUGUAAAAGCACUAGCAGAGCCGUACGCCACCGAGGGAUGCCUGGAUUUGGAAGGCAGAGGUCAACAUAAGGCCGUGACCCCGGGUGAUGGUCACCGGGAGCGGAGCAGCAGGGAGCGUUUGACCUGCGACGGCACGUUUAAGAGCCGCAGUCAUAGCUUCAACACGGACACGACCACCAGUGGCAUCAGCUCCAUGAGCUCGUCCCCUUCCCGAGAGCCCGCCGCCUCCAUCGCCAUGGAUACGGACUGCGCCAGCCUCAACACGGUGGUCAGCGCCAAAACUGUGAAAGUGCAACACUCGCUCAGUCCUAAGUCCAGUCACAACCACAUCCUGUUGUCCAAGUCCAAUUCCACCUCGCUGGUUCCUCCGGGGUCGUCGCACACGCUGCCGCGCAGGGCGCAGUCGCUGAAGUCGCCCUCCGUGGCCACCAUCAAGAGCCUGGUGGACUGCAGCUACAUGUACACGAGCCCGCGUGAUGCGCUGGGAUACGCCACGCUGAAGCGCCUGCAGCAGCAGAGGAUCCACCCGUCUCUCUCACACAGCGAAGCGCUGGCGUCUCCCGCUAAAGACGUGCUGUUUACAGACACCAUCACCAUGAAAACACGCAGCCUCGACUCACGGCUCACCCCACGCAGGUUUUUGAAAGCUCUGAGUUUUGCGUCUCUGGAUAAGGAGGACUUGCUGAGUCCGAUCAAUCACUCCACCCUGCAGCGCUCCUCUUCCCUGCGCUCCAUGGUCUCUAGCGCCACCUUUGGCUGCAGUGAGGACUACAUCGGCCUGGCACUGCCCCUGGACAUCAACCACAUGUUUCAGAUUAAAGAAACAUCAUAUUUCCAGAAGAGAACAAGCCCCCCUGCUGGAGAAAAAUCAUCCAAAUUUCUUUUUGGAGAAUCUGAUGAGUCGUGUCACGGUCCUGUACUGAAGUCGCAGAUGAGUAUAACGGAGCUCCUGAACAGCAGCCGCUCAGAACAGCGCCACCUGCUGGGAGCCGAUGAGAGUACAGGCUUACAGGAGCACACAGAGCAGAACUGCCUCUACUGCAGCGCUCUCACCGUCCUCGGCUCACACACACACAGCCACCUGAACAACACACACACUCGCACAGAUCUGUCUGAUGGUUUCUCUCAGUGGCACAGCCAGCCUUCCCAUAAUCACCUGGAGGUGGUCACACAGUCCAAGUUCUCGGGGAUCUCGGGCUGCAGCGACGCGGCCGUCAGUCAGGGUUCGGCCAGCAGCACUCCCAGCACAGAGCUCAUACUGGGUGGAAAGGCGAUAUCUGAGGACGGCCCGGCCUGCAGAGUUCUGUUGAGGAAAGAGGUUCUGCGACUCGUCAUCAACCUCAGCUCUUCAGUCGGCACCAAAGGACACGAAACCGGACUGCUCACGAUAAAGGAGAAGUUUGCGUUCACGUUUGAUGACAUCUGCCUGUACUCUGAGGUCUCCUUCCUGCUGGCCAGCUGCAGGUUUCGUCUGGCCUCACGCCGCUUCAUCCAAGAGCUCUUCCAGGACGUGCAGUUCAUUCCGCUGUAUGAUGAAGCUGAAGCGGUGCUGAAUAAACCAUCUCAGCCUGUCCCUGUGGAGUCUGAGGAGCCUUGAGUCCUCCGUCAGCUUCCUGAACACCUCGCCGCCAUUGUCCCAUCAUCUCACCUCCCACACGGCACAGACAGACACGCGUGGAGGAUGAGGAAGGAAGCGCUGACAGGAACACCGAAACAAGCCCCUGGACUUCAGACGGUGUUUCUGAAGAGGAGCAGUUUACCAAAUAACGUCUUCAGACUGUGAAACAGGUGAUCCGGAGCGCUUCACAGGGUCCCAGCAUACGGACAGACGCGCUCACAAAGAACGAUUUGAUUGAAAAAGCUGUUUACACUUUAACUCCAUCCCAAUAUUUCAAAAUAUCACACAAACACUACAAAGAAUUCAGCGCAAAUGAUUCGACGAUGAAUUAAGGACUUCCAGAACUGAAAGAAUGGGCGAAACUUUGAUUACGUUUUGUACUAUUUAUUCGUUUCUUUUCUUUUGUAUGUGCGUGUUUGGAUUUUUUAUGACUUCCAGACAAUCAGAAUUCAGUGUUUUGAGGUAAAAAAACAAAAAACAAACAGUUUGUGAUAUUUGAACCCUUAGCAUCACACAUUUUUGGAAAUCUGACAUCUGCAUACCGUCUAAAAAAUACUCUCGGAGGAAGUUCCCCUCCGAAAGACACAUGUGAGCACUGACACACACACACACUCGCUAGUCUGACUGAUAAUAGUCAGGAUGUUUUCACCAACCCCAGGGUGGAUCUCACGAAAGAGGCCCAGGUUGUAUUUCACCUCAUUUAUCAUUACUGUAAAGCCGAAUUCUGUGAGAAAGGUUCUUGAUUAUCAUGAAAAUUAAGUCACAGUGCAAAAGAUCUUCAUGGAAAAAUUAAUUGCAUCUUUUGUAAUCCGUUUUGGAUUGAAAUGUGACACGGACAUGUGAGAUUCACCCAUUCAUUUGGAUCGGACGAACAGCGGUUAUUAAAUAUCUGCAUGAAACGUUCACAGACUCAUUCUCCAUAUCAUACUAGACUCGACCGCUGCUGGGGUCUGCUCACCAUACACUGAUCUGAUGCUGAUCGGCGAUGCGGUGCCAGUUAGUUUGGACUCAGACUUACAGGAAAUUAAACCAGAAGUCAAGCAUAAUCACACAUGGUAUUGUUUUAUUGAUUAUGAUUAAUAAAAGGGAUCAUCAAGUACCUUCGAAGGAAUAGGAGUUCAAUACAAGUGAUAGUACAAUACAUAAUACAAGUCUUUGGUAUGAUGUUGAUUACAACAGAAAAUCGUUUUGAGCAUGAAUUUAAAAAUUAAGACUGUUUUAGGACCAGUAAUUAAGCACAUUUCUAUUAAAUAUUCUGAUUGUAAUGUGAAAAUUGCUAAAUAUUUAUACACAUAAUGGUAGUAUUUGGUGUAGAUGCUGAUUUAAUAAAAAAAAAAAAAAAAAAAAAAAAAAAAAAAAAAAAAAAAAAAAUAUAUAUAUAUAUGUGUAUUUGUUUAAUAUUACAUAUGAAAAUCACUUAAGAAUAAUGCAUAUUACAGUGGGAUUUGACUGUUUCGGAGAGCAAAAUUUGCUUCAUUGUAAUGACAGUAAAGUUACACUGAAAAUUAUAAUAGUCCUAAAUACAGGCAGAAUUUUCUUUUUAUAAAAUAUAUACUUUUUUUAUACAUACACUUUUUAAAAUUUUGUUUAGUUUUUGUUUUUGCAUUCUGAAAUGUUCAUGUCAAUUUAAGCACCUUUCCCUUCCAAAUUCUUAUGAUUGUAAUGUGAAAAAAUGUAAUUUGUAAAUGAUUUCUACACAUCGUAGCAGUAUUUGUUGUACUGCAUUGGUGCUGAUUAGAUUUUAAAAAGUCGUAAAGCAAUAAUGAGAAUCAAAUGAGAAUAACAGGAAUUAAAAUGGAAAUUUGGGGGCAAAUGUGCUUUAUUUUCAUGUGACAGUGUCAAAAUAAAAGUCCCAAAACAGGCGUAAUUUCCUUUAUAUAAAAUAUAUACUUAUUUCUCUUUUUUUUUUUUUUUUUUUUGCAUUCUGAAAUUUUCUUAAUAAUAGUCCUGAAAACUGCCUUAAUUUUUUUAUUUCUGUAAAAUAUAUACAUAUUAUUUUAUUUAUUUGCAAUUAAAGCUGAUAUAUAAAGCUGGUGUAGUCAAAAUGAUUUUCUCUUGUAAUCGACAAUAUUCGCCAAUGCCCUUGAUUUUUUUGGGUGAAACUUGUUCUCAGCCUGGAAUAUUUUUUUAAGCUGCCAAAGCACUGGUUUAGAAAGAGUUCAGGUAUUAUCUUAGACAUGUUGUCUAGAAAUUGCUAUCCUUCGAAAUGCAUUUAAUCCUAGUGUGUUCCCUUAAACGUGCACCAAACCUGCCCUGAAGCAUCUGUAAAAACCCUGGCACAGAGGAUCGAAGUAGUCUUGUAGCAAGCCACAGUUUUUGCAUUGUCUUUUAAUGUUCUCCACGUGUUCCUGAUGUUCACACAAAGCACUGAUCGAAUCCAUCUGUCCUGUUCUUCAGAUUGCAUGCCGAACUGACACAAACCCAGUUGCUUAUUUAUUAACUGCUAGACCUUUUGUUCAUAUGUGUCUCAGAGCUGCUGCUGCUGCCUUCCACUGACUGCGAUCUGAUUGGCUGAAGAGAGAGCGCCACGGCUUUGGCUUUGGCCUGGGCUGUGGAUCUGUACCAUAGUGGCAUGAGACUGAAAAGAGAUGACAAAAAUAUAUAUUUAUAUUUUUCCUAAAAGAUGAUAUUGCAAGAGAUGGUGUUAUUUAAAGGACUUUUGUUUUGUUUUAUUUAGUUUUUUUGUUGCUUGAGUUGUGGUUUCCCUUGUAAAGUGUGUACAGUGUGCUUUUGGGCACUUUCAGCUAAAUCUUACAGUCUUCUCAAAGGGAUAAAUAAUUAAAGAGGAAAACUCA